GCAGCACCGUCGCUUUGCAGGAAAAUGUCUGCCGUGUCGGUGUUACGUCGUGCUUUCGUUAAACAAAUCGCCGAUUAUUCUGUAUUAAAUAAAUUGGUGACGUGUCAAGUGCAACAGCAGAGGCAUCAAUGGAACCUUGUGGUAGUCCCAAAGCCAGGAGUAAACGGGAAGAGUUAUCGGAGAAUCGUGCAUUUCAAAGACGAGUACACCGUUGAACCUUUGGAGGUUACAAACUUGGCUGGCAGAGAUCCUGUUACAGGAAGAGUGGUAGCAAAUGGUAUAGGUGGUGGUAUUAAACAUAAAUACCAUUGGAUUCACUGGGUCAGGGAUGGGCCCAUCGAUUUGAAUGAAAAACCAAGGGAGGAUAAGGUGCUAGAAGUAUUCAAAGAUGGAUGUAGAACAAGCUUUGUUGCGCUUAUUGGAGGUGGUCGUGAUUUAAGAUACAUUCUUGCCACUCAGAACAUGAAAGCGGGUGACAUAAUCAGGACCCACAGAGGUAUUCCACGUAAUUAUGUGAGAGCUUUUGAAGGAGACGCUUAUCCCUUGGGAGCGUUACCCAUCGGUACGAUUGUGCACUGCGUGGAGAAGUAUCCAGGUCUUGGAGGUUUCCUCAUCCACGCCGCUGGAACUUAUGGAAAGAUAUUAUACCGUAGGGACGAUCGUGUCAUCGUAAAGAUGCCGAGCAAGAAGGAAUUCAGCUUGCACGAAACGUGCAUGGCGUCUGUCGGUAGGCUGUCGAACAUUCCACACGGUUCGACUCCUAUCGGCAGCGCGCAAAAAAAUCGAGAGCUUGGUAAUCGACCGAGGAGCGGUCUUUGGCAAAGAAAAACUGGUAGGUCAGGCCGGAAGAUCAAACCUCUACCUCCAGUUCGUAAAUUCGAUGCGACUGAGAAGAUAAAAGUUGAACGUCUCAAUUUAAAUCUACGUGAGUUAAACAAUUAAUUAUUUGUCUACAUAGAAUAAACGAUUCCUUUAUUGUACCAUA